AUGAAAGCCGGUAUCGAGGUCACAGAGGUGGCGAUGGAGGGCGAGAUGCACACAUUUGCCAUGGGAUGGCCUAUUUGCGGUCUUGAAAUUCAGGCCAAGAUGGAUGAGAUUAUCUGCAAAUUCAUUCUGGAUGCCGUCUCUACUUUCCCUAGGGCCCCCUCCAACGUGCUUGGAUUUCUCGCCAGCUCAGGGUCUUCCCCUUUCCAUUUUGGUGCUCGCCCUGAGCGGCCUCCGGCGAUUGCUGUGGAGCCCUACUGGUGGGAUCUUCAUGACGGUUUCUUUCUGUGUAAUGAUAUAUCUCCCCCGGAGCUUAGUAACCUGAAGUUGCGUGGCCGAUUCCGACGGUGUCAUCCUGUUCGGGGCGUAGGAGUUUCAAACACCGCAAAAGCCGAAAACGCCGGAGAGCCCCAAGUCGCAAAAUCGCAAAAUCGCAAAAUCGCAAAAUCUGAUGACACCAAUAAAACGGAGGAUGCGAGAUUUCCCCAGUCUGAUUGGAACCCAACUUUCACCCGGCCGCCCAAGCCCUCUCUCUCCAAAACCAGCGGCGGAAACUACCCCAACGUGCUGCACAACAACUCCAAGACUGCGCAGAUCUCCGUCAUCAAAAGUCAGUAUCCACAGCUCGCGGAGAAGAUGAGUCUCGUGCAGAUCGGCCACUACGUGACGAACUGGAAGAUGUCGCUGCCGUUGGCGCCGCAGAAGCAAUCUGAUGGGGAGGGGGGUUCUCAUUAA